AUGGAGAGUCCCAUACAAGUUUUAGGCAAUGUGAUCAAGCCUGUUUUCUACCCCGAAGAGGUUGUGCCCGUCUUUGAACAGAUCAAGGCCCAUGCUAUUGAAAAGUACACCGAUGAUAGGGACUUUGAAAAUCUCUUUGGUCCGCCCGAACGAAUAUGCAGACAGCUUGCACGAAAGGAGUAUGAGUCAUUCCUAGCGCCGGGGAUAUUGGCAUCAGUCGCGACUUGUUACGAAACAGCCGAGAUGACAUUUAACACUAACAGCAUUUGUUCGUUCUUGAGCAGCCAUGUUCAAAGUUUCAAGAAUAUCUCCAUCAGGACAAAAGCCAAGGUCACACAACUGCAAAAUAUAGAUCAGGCGGACGGCGGAGGCUACCGCAUCGGCUGGUCAAACUUGCGAAACGGCAAAGACCAGACUGACGCGGUGCAGUUACUUACACUUGCAUGUUGGGAGAACAUUGGCAUUUUCCGACAGCAGCUUAACGAGCCUGGCGGCGGACCAACACACAAUCGCCUAAAGAUGCUGGGCAUCUUGGAUAUCCACGUACAGGCCGACUUGCUGAAAACGAUCCGUCCGAUAUUCGUUGCAUCUGGUCCCUUCUGCAUGAUCUCUCCCCAGGAGCUCAUUGAAGACUCAAACGGCCAUAUUCAUUGCGUAUGUGCUUGCACGUUGGCCAUUGCAACAAAUGUGAUGACCGUUUUGGACAGCGAGCCCAUACCUUUCUCAUACGAAAGAAUGCUUAGUGGUACCAUGAGCCAUGAGGAGAGAAUGCAAAUGGCCAACCCUAUACUAUCGGGCGCGAAGCAAUACUUUGCCUGCCUCAAGGACGCCGAUCUUAUUGAUGUUCGGUUUGGCACGGUUAGAGUUCCAUACGGGGACGGACACAGCAUGGAUUUACAUGACGCAGCCAGUGAGCACCAUAGGCGGAAUUAUCCAGGAUGUUACCGACUUGGCGACGGGUUGUAUGUUAAUGAAGCAAUGAAAGUUGCUUAUAGUGUCUACAAUGCCGAGAUGCUGGUAGAUUGGGUUGGCGCUGACAUUUCCGGCUGA